CCACCUGUUUUCUCCCUUCUCUCUAUAUAUCCUUUGGAUUCAAUUCCAUAUCACCUCGUAAGUCACCCUCCAAUAACAAGAGAAAAUGCCCAGAUUUAAACCAUUCUACUUAGUUUUGCUACUUCUCUCCUUCAUCCUUGCAGAAGCAUAUUUUGUCCAAGGGUCUAGAACUCAAGUACUUCAUCCUCAUGAACAGAGUAUCUCACAUUCUUCUUCCCCAUUACAUUUCAAGAAUAGGAAUACUGAGGGGAAAAUGAAGAGGAACUCGAGGAUUGGAUCAACUGCGCCUACUUGCACUUACAAUGAAUGUAGAGGGUGCAAAUACAGGUGCAGAGCAGAACAAGUACCAGUAGAAGGAAACGAUCCAAGGAACAGUGCAUACCAUUACAGAUGUGUUUGUCAUAGGCCCUGAACCAAAUUAUAUUGUAAAUUGAGUCAGGGUGGUUUAUUUGAUCAGUGGAGUCAGUGGAGAAGUCUAACACUAGACAGCACUAUUUUGUCUCUAGAAUUUAGUUAUAUAUGGGGUGUCAUUUAGCACAUAGCUUUUCGGUUUAUUGGUUUAGUUAUAUCAUGAAAAUUUCCAGAGAAAAACUUUCUCAUGUGGGAGAUUAAUUCAAGCAGCAAGUACAUUCCAUUUGCUUGAUUUAUGUAAUUUCUUCUCCCUCCAUAUAUAUAGGUUAGAUUCAUUUGUGCCAUGUUUUGUCUCAGUAUAUGAGAGGAAUAAUAACUUUAAAGGGUU